AUGAACACCUUCGCUUCCAUCCGCCCCUCCCUUCGCCUGGCGGCCUCCGCCCCAACUAUGGCCGCCCGCUCCUUCAGCUCCUCCGCAGCCCGCUCCGUCGCCCGCAUGAUUAUCACCGGUCGUCUGGGCUCCGAGCCUGAGCUGUCCGCAACCUCCACCGGCCAGGAUAUCAUCCGCUACUCCGUCGGCACAUCAACCGGAAGCCGUGACAAGCCACACACCAGCUGGUUCCGCGUCGCGACUUUCCUGCCUGAGGGCGCGCAGCGGGAUUACAUCCUUAGCUUGCCGAAGGGAACCCUCGUUUACCUCGAGGGUGAUGCCAGCAUGCGCAGCUACGAGGAUGCUGAGGGCCGCAAGCAGACCAGCCUCAGCCUUGUCCAGCGCCACCUAGAUGUCCUGAAGCGCGGCACCAGCGCUGAUGAGGAGUCUCACUAA